AUGCUUCCCGAACGGCAUCCCAUCUUCAAAGUAAAUUCUAUCCAAACCAGCAGCUCAAAACGGUUUGUAUGCCACUCAGAACCACAUUUAGAGACUGUGGUGGUAGAGGGGGGCACCAUCAAGCGGUGUCUGCCGCACGAGGCAGAAUACCGUUUUACAGAAUUCAGCCCUCUAAAUAAUUACUCUCAGGUGGUCUUAAAUUCCUCAGGUACCCUUUUGUGCCUGCACAACGAUGCUGAAUUGCAGAUCCUGGCAUUGAAGCAAGAUUCCGAUGAUUGCAAACCAGAUGAAUAUAGAAUUCCAGUUCCUAACGGUAUUAAACAAGUUCUGUGGCAUCCCAGAGCGCGUUUGGACUCGUGUGUCGUGGUUCUGACACAAAACGAUGAAAUUUGCACUUUCGAGCUUUUGGCCGAAGAUUAUAGCCAGCCAACAGCUGUCUUGAACAAACAGUCCUCUAACCGCAGGAACGAUCUAGCCAUAAGUGACGUUGCUGCUCUCUGUUUCAGCAGUGAUGGCUUGACUCUUUACCUGCUGAACACCAGUGAAGGUGGUGAUCUGUAUGCGUUUUAUCCAUUUUUACCCUCCGAUGCUGCUUUACCAAAGAAGACCAUCCAAGGUUGCUUUCACAAAGCUCUGCUUCAGUAUCAGAAUCUUACGGCCGACGAUGCUCCUGAAAUCAAGCGGCGUGCUACCAGGCAAUUGCAGUUUGCUUCCCAGCUCCACACAACCUUAAAGAAUAGCGAGCAUGGAAGUGCAAAUCCCAAUGAUCGGAUAACGAUACAGGUAUCAAAGGCAUUCAGAAAUGCAGCGAUCCAGGGACCUUAUACGAUCAAUCCUUUCCCCGAAAACCUUUACCUUGCCACGGCGCAGCAACUGAAAGUACUGGCAUUAGAUGACGACGCAAGUGAUUUGGUUCUCAUUGCCUUCGACAAUGGUACAAUAUUACAGUGCUUCCCUGAUCUAGAGCCCAUGAUGUCCUGGGAGGAUCCUGAAUGUUGUUAUAACAAUUCUUUAGCAACAAUAGGUUCGUUGAACGUGCCUGGAACUAUCUCGCUAGUAUUUGGAAGUCUGUUUGUAAUUCUUACACCCCAAAAAGCCAUACUAGUUGAUUUAUCAAGAAUCGUCAACGCUAUCAACCAAUCAUUGAAAGACUGUGAUGUGGCAGAGCUCAGUGAGGCUAAUUUACGCGAGGAAAUCGUUGAGCAAAAGGGAAAUUUUACCAGUUCUAGCGUGUGGGCCUCGGGUACACACGUUAUGCUACUCUCGGAUUCUUCAUCAAGCAGCGUCAAGACGCCGCUUCUCCAAAUCAAGCCUGAAAAAAGCCCUGGACCGUCCAAGGAAAGGGCCGAAUAUGAAAGGUCUUCGUAUGAUCAACCUUUACCAGAAUUGAUAGCGCUCAAUGACAAAGUGCAAAAGCUUAUGAAAACCCCAUUACCUAUUCAAAUCGACUCAAAGCUGCGACAAACUAAACUUGAUGCUGCUGCAAAUGAAGACCAGCUUGCAGUUUUGACAGAUAUAUCAAGGGAGUUGUUGACCAGAGUCAUGGUGGCACAGACGCUUGGCCUGUCUCUUCAUUCCAGACUGAUUGGACAGCAAGGUGAGCUAACUAGCCAUAUCGAAAAGGUCUGUGAGAUAAAUACCAAAAGGCAGGAAAUCUCUGAGGCCUUGGGUUUUGAGGAAAAGCGCUGGAAAGCUGUACAAGCAAAAAACGAGACAAUCAAAACCAGAUUUGAAAGCUUACAGAAAAAGCUUAUGCAAGUUUCCAACUCUGAUGAAGUCAGGCUGCAACCAGUUAGACGUUCGGAAUUAUUUUGGUUUAAAGAAUUGAAAGGUCAGGUUUCAAGGUUCAAUCAGCUGGUUCAUACGCAACGCGACCUGGGAGAAACACUAUCAGCUUUGAAAACCGAGUUGGAAUAUGUCAAGGUUGACCAAUUCUCAGGUGGUGACAGCUCGGAGUCCAACAGCGAAGUAAACUGGGAAGAGUUACGUGCCCUGUUGGAGAAAGAUGCGAAGAUUAUUGGCGAGUGUCAAACAGAACUCCAUAAGGCCGCUGGUGAGCUGAACUAG